UGUGCUUUUACCAUCACUAAAAACAGCGGCAUUAUUUUGUAUAGAGCGUAAAAUUUAUAUUUUCUUAGUAAAAAGUGGUUUAAAAAAAUUCAGCAUGUCUUUUAUGAACCCCGUGGAUAUGGUAGACGAGGACGCCGCCGACCUACAGUUUCCCAAAGAGUUCGAAAAUGCCGAGACGCUGCUGAUAUCGGAGGUGCACAUGCUGCUCGAUCAUCGGAAACGGCAGAACGAAUCCGCCGACGAGGAGCAGGAGUUCUCGGAGGUGUUUAUGAAGACGUACGCCUACACGGACAGUUUUCGAAAGUAAAACAAGGAGACCAUCAUGUCUGUGAGAAGCUUGCUGAUGCAGAAAAAGCUUCACAAAUUCGAGCUGCCGCCUGGUAAUCUGUGUCCAGAGGCGCCAGAGGAGGCCAAGGCAUUGAUUCCCUCGCUGGAGGGUCGUUUCGAGGACGAGGAGCUGCGGCAAAUACUAGACGAUAUCGGCACUAAACGCAGCUUGCAAUACUAAUCACUACAUAUAAUAUUAGCAUAAGUUUAAAGGUCUGGAUUAAAAAUAAAAUCAAGAAGUGGAAGAAUUUUAAUCGAAAUAUACUUGGCUAUCAACAAACGAA